AUGAGAAUUCGACUGGCCUUCUCUUCAACAGCAUCCUCGCUGCACCCCUCAGGAACCGCUCUCCAAUCCUCUGUUACUCGGUCCAUCCUACGCCCGGCACCCUCGAUCCUCCUUCGCCGUCGAUUUAACUCUAUCCCUAGACGUACAACUAUUCAAAGCAAUAGUCUUCGCAAAGUGCUCCAGAAGUCAACCUGCAGGUACGACACAACACUCACUGCCUCGGCUUCAUUUUCAACAAUGACUUCCUCUUUUCACCCUGAACAAGCUCGAGUCCCCCCUGCCCUCCAAUCACCCAAUCCUCCUAUCACCAAGUUUAAGAUUGGAUUAUGUCAAUUGAAAGUGACUGCGGACAAGGAGAAGAACAUCUUGCACGCACGAGCAGCAUUAGAGGAGGCUGCUGAAAAGGGAGCCAAGCUUGUUGUUUUGCCCGAAAUAUGGAACAGUCCAUAUUCAAAUGACAGCUUUCCAGUUUAUGCUGAGGAGAUUGAUGCUGGUUUUGAUGCUUCUCCAUCGACGGCCAUGUUGUCAGAAGUAGCCCGUCUCCUAAAUAUCACAAUAGUUGGAGGCUCAAUACCUGAAAGAAGCGGGGAGAAGUUGUAUAAUACCUGUUGUGUCUUUGGACCUGAUGGAAAGUUGAAAGCUAAACACCGCAAGAUACACCUUUUUGAUAUUGACAUUCCUGGGAAGAUUACAUUUAAGGAAUCUAAGACUCUUACUGCUGGAGAGUCUCCAACCAUAGUGGACACAGAUGUUGGCCGGAUUGGUAUAGGUAUCUGCUAUGACAUUAGAUUUCAGGAACUGGCGAUGCUCUAUGCAGCUAGAGGUGCUCACUUGCUCUGCUAUCCUGGGGCAUUCAACAUGACUACUGGGCCAUUGCACUGGGAGUUACUGCAAAGGGCAAGGGCUGUGGACAAUCAGUUAUAUGUAGCAACUUGUUCACCUGCUCGAGAUGUUGGUGCUGGAUAUGUGGCUUGGGGUCAUUCUACACUUGUUGGACCUUUUGGAGAAGUACUCUCCACCACUGAACACGAUGAGGCAAUUAUCAUAUCAGAUAUUGACUAUUCACAAAUUGAGCUCAGGAGAACAAAUCUCCCACUAGAGAAGCAAAGACGAGGCGAUCUUUACCAGUUGGUAGAUGUUCAGAGAUUGAAUGCUCAAUGA